GCAUUCUGGGACAGUCUGGAACCCUCUCCAUGGGCUGUACCACCUGCUGACAAACCAGGGGGGUCUGGAGGAGUUGUGUUGAAUGAGGAUUGUGCUGGGUGUGGGCAGGACUGCUUUUACAAGGAAAUGAUUCCGCAUGAAGUGCGACGCACUCGGCCCCCCGUCGUCCUCGGCGGCAGCAACAGGUGUGACGUCGUGACUCUCUCCCCUAUCACACUGAGCCCACCCUUCAGCCGCUAAAGACCUCUGGACCAAACAGACCGCCCUACCCUCCCCUCUAACCACCCCUCCAUAUCCACUUCUUCAUCUGUAAUCCUUCCUCACCUCCUCACUGAAUAGAGAGAGAAAGGGAGAAAAGAUUAGGAAAGAUAAUUCAUAGCUAAUUAAAGCGAGACAAGGUUCCAGAUCAAAUGUGAGAAAAAGGAGGCAGGAAAGUGAAAUAUAAAGUCAGAGACAGAGAGAACAAAAAAGACAGACAAAGCUAAAGAAGGCCAAAAGUUAAGGAACAAGUACAGUUUAGGGAGAGGAGGCAAAGUCAGCAUGAAGUCCAACCAGGAACGCAGUAAUGAAUGUCUGCCCCCAAAGAAGAGGGAUUUCCCCUCAAGCACAUUACCAUCUGACCAUCGCUCACCGACCAUCCCAGCUGCCAGUGACAGCCAGCGCACUGAGAACGUGGCCUGGCUGGCCAGUGUGCCUGGUGGGAACGAGAGUGCCGUAGGUGGACACCGUAGCUCCGGUCAGUCGGAAGGCCUCCAGAAUAAAAUCCUCUACUCCACGUCAGACUCUUCAUCCUCCUCUUCCUCGCUGAGGCUAGUCUCAUCUCUCCCCGCGGUGUACACGUCCCCCCUGUCACAGUCCACCGUCGGAGGAACUGUGCAUUACGCCCAACUGCCUCCCAACCUGCAGUUUAUAGCCUCCCCCUACACUGCCCCGUACGCCGGCUACAUCUCCCCUCAGCUGCUCCCUCCUCCUCCGCCGCCUCCCCCACUCUCCUCCUCGUCCUCCUCUUUGGUCGCACAGAGACACUCACACGCAGAGACAGUCUGCGCUCCUUCGCAUGUCUCCAAGCACGACCAGCAGAGAGCAUCCGCGGCACGUGCCUCCAUGCCUCCGCCCUCUACUGACCUCGCCCCUCACUAUGUUCAAAUGUCGACCUCUACACGGACUGUGCCGUCGCCUCAUUACCAAGCGGGCAGCCACCUUUCUCCCCAGUCACUGCACCCCCACCACUCUUUGGGACAUGGGAUGUCCCAGCUUGUGGUGCAUUAUACGGACGGACCCACUAGGAAAGAGGAAGGUGGCUCCAGACCCAGAGAGCUACACAAUGGAGAGCUGGAAAGGGGUCGGCGGUAUGGUGCGUCCCCAGACUCCGGCCUCUCUAAGCCGGGCGGCAAAUCCCGAGAUGCCAUUUCGUCUUUGUCCUCCUACGAGGCCCGACAUCUGGUUCUGCAUUCAGACUACUCCACUCACGAUCCCUCAGGGCUGAGAACAUCUUUCAUGCUAAUGCCCAACAGCCAUGGGGACCACCAGAUGGUGCCACCCAGACCCAGCCAUGAGAAGCUGACGACCUCUGCCCCCGCACACCUGGAUAGAGGUGGCAUCCUCCUGGGCAAGCCUGUCAAUCGCACACCCUCCUCCUCCUCCAGCACAUCCUCCUCUUUCACGUUUCCGCCCCCAUUAAGUGUCGACAGCCUGAAAGCUGCUGUCCGCACACAGUCGCCCCAGACCGUUAUCCAGACCACCCACAGCGCUACAGAGUCACUGUCAAUGGGGCUCCCCUCCACCAUCUACCCUCAGCCGCCCAUCAUCGGUUACAUUUCAGGGGGCAACGGGAGCCAGCACGCGCCAAUCAGCUACCACACCAGCCUACAACAACACUUACUCAUUCCUGGCGCCCAACCGGUAAUUAUCCCCGUGAGUGGAGGUGGAGUCACCACAUUGGAACCUGUAACGUCCCACGUAACGUCAUCUACCCAAGCCGCACCGUUUCCUACCACACUCCCACAUACGUACAUCGCCGCCGCCGCCCCCAAAGGAGAAACUCUAGAGCCCUCCGGUGCCUCCUAUCUCCAGACCACUUCGGGUGCAGUGGUCCAAGCCCAGCUUCAUCUCCCCGUUGUUCCCGCUCCGCCCGGGCUGGUCGCUCCUCCUCUAUCAUCCAGUACGGUGUUGCCCCCCUCACUCCCCCCAUAUUUCAUCAAGGGCUCCAUCAUCCAGCUGGCGGAUGGGGAGCUGAAGCGCGUGGAGGACCUGAAGACGGAAGACUUCAUCCAGAGUGCCGAGAUCAGCAGCGAGCUGAAGAUCGACUCGUCCACAGUGGAGCGCAUUGAAGGGAGCCACACCUCACACAACUUUGCUGUGGUUCAGUUCUCUGUUGGUGAGCACCGUGCACAGGUGAGUGUGGAGGUCUUGGUGGAGUAUCCCUUCUUCGUCUUCGGCCAAGGCUGGUCUUCAUGCUGCCCAGACAGAACUACCCAGCUUCUGGAGCUGCCCUGCACCAAACUCUCCGUUGGCGACGUUUGUAUUUCACUCACCCUCAAGAACCUGAGGAACGGAUCUCUGAAGAAGACUCUGGAGCUAGCCACCCAUGCCUCCGUCCCAGCCUCCAGCCACGGGCUCCUCAAACCCCCCAGAGCUGUCCCAGACGCCCCCCAAAGCUACGUCGGAGGAGGCUUCAGGCACAGCGAGCGGGAGAACGGCAUCAGCCAGCGAGGGAAGGGCGGGAAUGGGAGCGGAGGGGGCACCAACGUGGAAAACGGGGGUCUCACGUUUGGGGAAAGAGGUUCCGUUUCUAAAGGUCAGGUUGCCAGCGGCGCAGAAGCUGGCGUCAGUAAGCCAUCAGGAAGCAGGAAGCGGAGAUGGUCCGCUCCAGAAGGGCGAAAGGUAGACAAAUCAGAGGAGGAGCCGCCCUUGACCCUGCCAAAACCUUCCUUCAUCCCUCAUGAGGUGAAAGUCAGCAUCGAGGGAAGGUCAAAUAUUGGCAAGUGAAGGCUAGCAGGACUGUUAAAUAAGCGUUGGGAUUUGGAAAAAAAAAACAUAAAAGGAUUCUACAAAAAAAACACAUGAAUGCCCACAUUAAUGUUUCAUUUGUCUUGGUUUAAAAGUUUUGUUUUCUGUUUUUAUUUUUCUAUCUUGAAUACUGUACUGUAGAGGUACAUUUACCCUACAUGGUAUCACCUUACAUUAAGUCCAUAUAGUUAAUAAUGUAACAACAUUUUUUUCUUUAAUAGAUGGAUUUAAUAUCACACAAGCAAUCAAUGCCCUUUUGGUGGUUUUCAUGAGAUGACAUAUGUUGAGGGAUUUGUGAGGCGUGCUUGAUGUUUAUUGAUGGCUGUGUGGCACACAGGAGCAGUGCUUGAUGGCUCUUUUUGGCUGGCAACACAAUACAAAUGAUGUCAAUUUCCAAUUAAAUAUGCUCACAGUUUAAGCUCCUGGCUCCCUGUGAGCGGCGAGUGAGGCUACCCAAAAGUUUCCCGCCACCUCUUUGCAGUGCCAGUGGUUUUUACGCUUGGCCACAGGAGUGAUAUAAUGUCAGAUGAUCAUGAGCAUGAAGAUUUGUGUUUUUUUAAUCUUCUAAAUCAGAGUUUAUGACAGUUGGAACAACACCAUUCUCCAUGUCUCGAGUAUAAACAAACCACGUGUUAUUCACAGUAUCAUCAGAGUGUGCCAGACCUGACCAGUGAUGUCAUCAGGUGGCGCCAGUGUGCCACGCAAAAGAGAGGGAACAACCUUUGCUCUGUUCAGUGUGAUGACGGUGGAGCCUUUACUUUCAUCUCGAGCAUUUUCACAUUUGUUUUCAUAACC